AUGUCGGUGGCCAAGUUCAUUCUCGAUACGUCUCAGGGGCUUAUUGACAAGCUCCCUGACCAAUUGCAGCGCAUUAUUCUUCUCCCGUCUAUACGGAAAGGACUCGCGGUUCUUGCGGCACUGCAGUUUCUUAGGAGUUUCAAUAGUUACCUUUCCCGAGGAGCACAAAACAAUUGGGUGCGGCUCGCGCCGUGGGAUCCUUCUAAAGAACUAGUGGUUCUUACAGGCGGUUGUAGUGGAAUUGGGAAGCAAAUCUUGGCAGAUUUGACGAAUUUGAAGGUUAAAGUGAUCAUCCUAGAUGUUAAAGAGCCAACAUUUGCACUACCCGCCAACGCAACCUUUUACCAGGCAGACAUCACGUCUUCCUCGAUCCUGAAAGAGGUAGCUGGUAAAAUCCGAAAAGAACAUGGCAACCCCACAAUUCUCAUCAACAACGCUGGCGUCGCAGAUGGGGGCACCAUUCUUGAAAAGUCGGAAGAAUCGAUACGUUUGACUAUGGAUGUUAACCUGCUUUCACAUUUCUGGACGGUUAGAGAGUUUUUGCCCAGUAUGAUCCAGAAGGACCACGGGCAUAUAAUCACCAUCGCAAGCGCGACGAGCUUCAUUACAAUUGGUCAGAUUGCAGACUACACGUGUUCAAAAGCCGCUGCUGUUGCUUUCCACGAGGGCUUGACGCAGGAAUUGAAAUAUUGGUAUAAAUCAAAGAAAAUCAGAACAAGUAUUGUCCAUCCCUUUUGGGUUCGUACUCCUAUGAUUGAUGAUAUGAUCAAGGCAGGGCACAAGUUCGGUGAGCCAAUCAUGAGUACAGAGGAGGUGUCUUCUGCUAUUGUUAAGCAGAUUACGUCUCAAAAUGGAGGCCAGCUUAUUGUGCCUAACUCUCACGCACAUAUAACACUACUGCGUGCUUUGCCCUGUUGGAUUCAGGAGAGGGUGAGAGACGGGGCCUCAAAGAAUUUUGUGAGGCUUCGUGAGCUUCAGGACCAAAUGAAGACCGAAAACCGCCUAUAA